UUCUGGGGUCACCUGGUCCGCUGCAUGCAGUCCAGAGGGAGAGACGGGAGUCGGUGGACUGAGAGGAGACCGAGGACCGCCGGGAAACCCAGGUAUCCCGGGGACCAAAGGUGAGGCGGGAUGGAAAGCAGAGAUGAGACUAAGAGGGGAUUCGGGCACCCCGGGUGUCGACAACACCAGACCAGGACCCAAAGGAGACCCCGGCAGCCCAGGGACACCAGGUGAUCCUGGUCCAGACGGGUACGGGGGUGACGGUGGACUCGAUGGAAACCUGGGUCGUAAUGGAAGAAGAGGUCCCAGUGGUGAGAAGGGGUCACCUGGUGAGAGAGGAACCCGAGGACCUCCCGGUAUCCCAGGUGCUGCUGGGCCACAGGGAGACGGGGGGAACAGCGGCCAACCUGGACCCAAAGGAAUGCCUGGUUUUCCAGGAUCUCAGGUGAGUGCGUCACUUCAUCUGUGCAGCCUAUAGUGACUGAUUUAAACAGUAUCACUGCUCAUUAUGUUAAUAGAGUGUGAACUGUUCCUCCUGCUGUCAUGAUCCUGGGUCCUUUUGACCCAGCGUUUUGUGUUUUCUAUUAUGGUACUAUGGUUUCUGUUCCUCCUCGGUUUGUGUUCAUGCUUUUCUGCCGAGCAUUCCUGUGGUUAGUCCGUGUCUUUACAUGUAUGUGUUCCUGUUUUAUUUUGAAGGUCUUUGUCUUAUGUCAGAGUGUCCUGUUGACGUUCCCCCACCUCGUCAGCUGUUAUGUCUCCCAGGUGUGUUCCCUCCUGUUUCCCAUCCCCCUGAUUACUGGUGUGUAUUUAUUGUGUGUGUUCACUCGUCCUCG